CUUCUGAAGUGAUAGGGGAUCGCCAUCUAACAACAGAGAAUGGAUACCACCAGAAACAUUAAGAGCUAUAUAUAGAGUACAAACAGUAUUGUCCAAUUUCACUCGGUUUCUUUUACGCAGACUUUGGGUAUGGGUUUUCAGAGCAACUGAAUGAAUAACCGAGUAGUGGAAAUGUAUGAAAUGUUGGUGUACACGUAUUCUUCAAUCGACGACAAAUGGAGUAAUAGUUUACAAAAAGAAGAUGGAACGAAGUAACCCAAGCUAAAGUUUGUUCGUUUUUCAAUUUCACCUAUCUAAACGCUGGACACAAAUUACACGCUUCAAUGGGGUCAAGAUGACAAGAAAAUGCGUUUUUCUGUGUAAAAAUGUAUUACGAGGAACCCCUGUGAGAGGAGAUAUUUUAAUACAUGUACAAAGGUUAUAAACGCUAUCUCAAACAUCUGUCAAGCGGAGGAUGGAGCGUUCUAGUCAGUUCAAGCCAACGUCUGUCAUUGGAGAGUUAUUAAACAUAUCAAGCAACGAUUCGAAUUCAAAUUACACUCCAAAGGCAGUGGAAAAAGAAGCAAAUCUUGCGUUUCAAGCGAGUGUUGCUAUUAUAUUAGCGUUAUUAACUUUUGCCACAACAUUAUCUAAUGCUUUUGUUAUUGCCACAAUUUAUCAAUCAAGGAAGCUUCACACGCCAGCAAAUUUGUUAAUUGCAUCCCUAGCAGUGACAGAUUUGUUGGUUUCAAUUCUGGUGAUGCCAAUAAGUGCUCUGUACACGGUGAGUCAAACAUGGACGUUGGGGCAAGUUAUGUGCGACAUUUGGUUAUCCUCAGACAUAACAUGUUGUACAGCAUCUAUAUUACACCUGUGCGUUAUUGCUUUGGACCGUUACUGGGCAAUAACUGAUGCGGUAGACUAUGCCAAAAAACGGACCUCGGCGCGCGCAGCAGGGAUGAUUGCUACUGCCUGGGUGAUCUCCAUCUCCAUCUCUCUACCUCCAUUCUUCUGGCGUCAGGUCAAAGCUGAGGAGGUGACUAGUUGCACCGUGAACAGUGAUCACAUUUUUUACACUAUUUAUUCUACUUUUGGUGCGUUCUACAUACCAACGCUUCUUCUCAUAGCUCUCUAUGGCAGGAUAUACGUCGAGGCUCGGAAGAGAAUCUUGAAACAGUCGCCUAAAAAAACUGGGAAACGACUCACUUCGGCUCAUUUGAUCACUAACUCACCAGGGUCUGUGGCAUCCACUACGUCUCUGAAUUAUGGAACGCAUGAAACAUCGUCCUGCGACACAAUUUCAUCAGCCAAUGCAAACCAGGUGAAAGUCACUGUGUCGGAUUCCCUUUUGGAAAAGAAAAGAAUCUCGGCUGCCAGAGAAAGAAAAGCAACCAAAACUUUAGGCAUCAUUUUGGGGGCCUAUAUAAUAUGCUGGCUUCCAUUCUUCAUCUACACGUUAAUCGCAGGGAUGUGUACAACCUGCCCUUUUCACCCUGAGCUAUUUGACGCUUUCACCUGGCUGGGCUACCUUAACUCGUUAAUAAACCCAAUCAUUUAUACCAUGUCCAAUGAGGAUUUCAAGAAGGCAUUUCACAAACUCAUAUCCUUCAAGUGCUGCAGGGGUUGACCUUGCAGCCCAAACUUAUGCUGGUUAUUAUGUCCCAUUUGUUUGUUUUUUUUCCUUCUGUGAUGUGAGUGAGCUCCAACAGGAGUAUGUUUGCAUAUGUUGCUUCUUAUCGACUGAAACACAAAAAUAAUAAACAGGUAAUAAGAAUUCAUAUGUAUAUUCACUGUUGAUACAUGGUAAAUGUAAGGAUAUGUUGGAUAUUCACUUAAGAUCUAACUUGAAAAUCCAUAGAUACUUUAUCUUAAAUUACAAGCAUGCAUGUUUUGCAACGGUCAAGUAAAUCCUGGCAAAACUGAAACCUCAUAAUUUGUGCCACUGAGAAACAGCAUUGUGCUUGUGAGAAUGAUCUUCACCAAAAAAAGAUAAUCAAUACCAAUCCAACAAAUGGGGAAAAUGAUAACAACCUUCAGCGGAUCAAAAUCCAUUUGCCUGUGUGUGUGUGUGCGUCAGAGAGAGAGAGAGAGCUCUUACACCCCAUCAUUUAGUGUAAAACGGUGAGGCAUAAUUAUGUCCUCAUCCUCAAAUAUAGGUCUUCAGCUUUGUCAUAUCUGUCACACCUACUCAUUUUGUACAAACCUUAUACUGUAGCCCUCUCAACAGAGAAUGUUUGCCAACCCUUUUUUGAUGAUCAGUGAUUAGGAUUGUCUGUGUUUAAGCAAUAUUUUGUGUUUGUAUGAAUGUCAUUCAUUACAUCAAACAGUUGUAUGUGGAGUAUUACUUUCAUAUGAGGUCUGUUGAACUGUGAGUUAAAAAAAAAACACAACCACAGAAAACACAAACAGAAUGCCGUCUGAGACAGCCUACUUUACUGAAAAUGCCAAACUUGUUUUGUUUUUGAACACUCAUCCUGGAGAGUACUAUCCAUUAUACUUGGAUUUAUUUUGUUCAAAGUGUAAAACAGAGGAGCACAACCAACUGUAUUAGAGAUCUCACACGAACUGCCCUGGUGUGCCUAAACCCGAGACAGACAGGGAUGAAAAAAGUAUCAACCAAGGGAGGAAUGUUUCUCCUGCUCCAUGGGGUGGUGCAUAAAGGGCUAUAGCCCCUUGUUAUGGAUAUCAUACUUCAUCAAAAUGACUGCUGUACUAUAAAUGCUUGUCUGCAAAUAAGCAAUGUAUUGUGAACUGCCUUGGAUGUGUGGGAUUAGACCCAUCCACAUAGAGUAAAAAAUACUGCUGCUAUCAAAAAAGACAAUAAAUAAAAUUUGAUCAUACA